GCAGGAUGAACCACAAGAGCAAGAAGCGGAUCCGCGAGGCCAAGCGGAGUGCGCGGCCGGAGCUGAAGGACUCGCUGGACUGGAUCCGGCACAACUACUACGAGAGCUUCUCGCUGAACCCGGCGGCCGUGGCGGACAAUGUGGAAAGGGCAGACGCCUUACAGUUGUCGGUGGGUGAAUUUGUGGAACGUUACGAAAGACCGUACAAGCCCGUGGUUCUGCUGAAUGCCCAAGAGGGCUGGUCCGCGCAGGAGAAAUGGACUCUGGAGCGCCUCAAAAGGAAAUACCGGAACCAGAAAUUCAAGUGUGGUGAGGAUAACGACGGCUAUUCCGUGAAGAUGAAGAUGAAAUACUACAUCGAGUACAUGGAGAGCACCCGAGAUGACAGCCCCCUUUACAUCUUUGACAGCAGCUAUGGGGAACACCCCAAAAGAAGGAAACUUUUGGAAGACUACAAGGUGCCCAAGUUCUUCACCGAUGACCUUUUCCAGUAUGCGGGGGAGAAGCGCAGGCCCCCUUACAGGUGGUUUGUGAUGGGGCCACCACGCUCUGGAACCGGAAUUCACAUCGACCCCCUGGGAACCAGUGCCUGGAAUGCCUUAGUCCAGGGCCACAAGCGCUGGUGCCUGUUCCCUACCAGCACCCCCAGGGAACUCAUCAAGGUGACCCGAGAAGAAGGAGGGAACCAGCAAGAUGAAGCUAUUACUUGGUUUAAUAUCAUCUAUCCCCGGACACAGCUUCCAACCUGGCCUCCCGAAUUCAAACCCCUGGAAAUCUUACAAAAACCAGGAGAGACUGUCUUUGUACCAGGAGGCUGGUGGCACGUUGUCCUCAACCUUGACACCACCAUCGCCAUUACCCAGAAUUUUGCCAGCAGCACCAACUUCCCUGUUGUGUGGCACAAGACGGUAAGAGGGAGGCCAAAGUUAUCGAGGAAAUGGUAUCGGAUCUUGAGGCAGGAGCACCCUGAGUUGGCGGUGCUGGCUGACUCCGUCGACCUGCAGGAGUCCACGGGGAUCGCCUCCGACAGCUCCAGCGACUCGUCCAGCUCCUCCAGCUCCAGCUCGUCCGACUCGGACUCAGAGUGUGAGUCCGGCUCUGAAGGCGAGGGGACGAUGCACCGCAGGAAGAAGAGGAGGACGUGCAGCGCAGUGGGAAACGGGGACACCACCUCCCAGGACGACUGUGUGAGCAAAGAGCGCAGCUCCUCCAGAUUGUCAAGAAGUUAAAAAACUCUGCAUGCUUAGUGAAGCACCGAAGGCCUCCGUGAUGUUGCGUGAGAAGGUGCUGUGCUUCUCCUUUAAAACCAAGCUGGUCGACCGCAAGGCUGGAGGGUUGUGAUCCUUUGAAUGCCUUGUUGCAUCUGUUGCCUCGCUGGUGUUGGUGAGGGACUCCCGCCGUCCACGUGGCCGGCUGCACGCAAGCGGAGACGCCGAGAGUGGUGAGCGGUGAGUUCUGUGUGAAGCGAUUACGUGUAAGAAGGACCACGAGUGUGCCGCCUUCCUGUGUGCCGUCAUCCGUCCAGAAACGCAUUCGGUGGCAGUAACCCGGCCACUCACCACUGCCUAGUGCUAUCUUAGGAUUCGUUACUUUUUCUCCACAAUGAGAGAGGCUGUUAGAGUCCAGGGAUAAUUUUGUCAUCACAGAACUUAAAUUAUAAACAGGGCCAAGUUCUUGAAAGAUUUGUCGCCAUCAUUCCCACCACGUGAUCCAUAAGUCAGAAGCUCUCACUCUGUAAGAGGGUUCAUGAUAGUGUCCCCACUUCUUGGACCUGCAGACAUUAGGUGGGGAUUGUGUUACGUGCUGGGAAUAAAUGCAGAGGUGGUGCCUCUGGCCUUUGGGAUCUGUUUAGGCUUCUAACUAACUCUGGUAGGGACUGCCCAGCGGGUUCCAUCUCCUGCCCUGUCAGUUCACCUGCUCGCCUUCAUCUGUCCCUAAAUUCACCCUAAGAGGGGGUUGUUGAGGGCGUGCCCCUGUGAAAAGCAUUUUCUGGGCUGGAAUGAGGAAGGGAAAGGGCACCGGUAGCUUGGGGCCGAGGAGCUUCACUGGUGCAGAGGUGUGUGGGCAGGUGGCUGGAGCUGUAUGGUGUUGUCUCUCAAAAGCCUCCCUUCAAGCGGGUGUGAUCAGGGAACUCCUGGUCGCUUCUUCGCCACAUGUUCCAUGUUUGAUAGACCAGUUAUCACUUCCUGACUCUCUGGGUUGGUCGUGUGGCUUUUACUCUAGAAGGCUGGUCCCCUAUUUUGUCUUCGUCCAGUUUUCUGCAUUCUGAAAUGCCAACCAGAACACGCGUCUGGGUUGGAUGGAACGUCUGCUCCCUUCCUAACAUCGCUCUACCUGCCACUCCCCCUCCCUGGCCCUCUGGCUCCAGUGUCUGUGGUUGUGAGCAGAUCCAAACCCUGAGAGAUUUUAUUCAUAUUUGAAUGGCAUUCCUCCUCGUUUUUAAAAAACUUUUCUUGACAUCUUCAAAAUGCUUUUUUCCUUUUCCCAGUGUUGCUACCGGGCUGUCACACUCACUCCCUUUCCUCUAAAAUCCAUACCAACUGUGCCUCCCUCCACUUCAGUUUAAAGGAUGAAACCACCAAACAGGCUUCUUGCCACCAGGGGGCGUGGUGGGAUGCAUUUGCAGCAGCAGGGAUGGUAAAGUGGAAGUUUGGUUUGAGAGACUAGCCACCCAGUUUUACUUCCCCAGAUGCCAAAAGUGAUUCCUGUUUGAAAAACAAUACCCAGAUAUAAGGGAUCCAGCCCGUCUGACAGGCCCGCAGUCACCUCUCCUGAAAGUGCCUGGGUAGCACGGAUUACAUUUGGGUCUCGCCACCCCACACGAAUGACUGUGGGACACUCUUUUGUUGUCUUAACCAGGCCAGAGAUUCAGAAGCCCCCAUUUUACUGUCACGGUGGGCCAGGCAAACACACCACUGUAGAAGCAAAGCAGGGCUGAGGUGGGGAAACAGAAAGCAGUGGAGUGUGGCUGGGUGAUCACGGUGAGGUAGGAAGCAGGAACCAAGGGUCCAUCUGUUCUAAAGUUAACCUUUUCUACCCACCUGGCGUGAGCUACUCCUUUGAGUGGUGUCAAGGAUAGUAAGGAGAAAGAUACAACAUUAAACUAUUUUUAGAGAUUAUUUUCUGAGACGACAGCAGAUCUUAAAACCGACAAGCUGGGUCCUGGAAGAAAGGAUCCGGACUAAUAACUACUGUAGAGGAGGAGUGGGGUGGGCGAGACAAGAGCGGGGGACCCAGGACAUCAGGAGGGCUCUGGGUCUUUGGGGAUGAGGGAGGUGCCAAAGGCUUUACCAUCAGCCCAAGGUGGUCAGUGCUGCACACAGGGGCCUCUGGAGUCAGUAGUGCUGUUGUGUUGAGGGUGAUGCCUUUGAGGGGAGAGCCACCAAAAGCAGGGACAUUAUUCACGUUUUGCUCUCGCUUGCAGAUGCCCAUUUGUUAAUUAUUAAAACAGUCAACAAAUGUUUCAGCACCAGGCACUAUUCUAGGUGCUGUAGACGCCACAGUGAUAAACGCAGCUCCCUGACCUCGUGGAGCUUCAGACAGUGAAGUUGGCUGUUGUUCACAAGGGCCGCGGGUCAGAGUGGGUAGAGCCGUGCACGUCCAUCUCCGUGACCAGAAAAGCAAGUUCAGUCCUUACUAAAUGCAAGUUUAUGAGAUCUUCAUAAAAGAACAUAAUUAUAAUUAUAGCUGUAUUUUUAACUUAAGACGCAGCUUCUUUGUGAAUCAGCUAAAGGUAUUUAAACAAAGGAUCAGCAAGAAGGUUGCUGGUGCAAGUGCUUUACACAUUUAUUAGAGUUUCCGCCUUGAUAGGCGUUAGGACUCCAGAAAAGAGUGUGGGGUGGAACCGGGGUUUUGCAGUAAAUGUUGUAGAAACCACUGUCUAGGAAGUAGGCGUAUGAGCACGCAGCUGUAGGUUUCUUGAAUUGUAUGUAGCAUUUCCACAAAUAAGUCGUUUCUGCUGUGUACUGGGUCCCGCUGAUGGUUCCAUGUGGAGUCUGGUUUCUCCUCAUACUCCACCCCUCCCCGGCUUCUGUCGUGAUGUUACACGGAUGUUACAUUGUAUGCAGCAAAACUGCAGAGGUGGCUCUCAACUUUGUCUCAUGAUUCAAGUUCAAAAACUUGGAGCACCUGGCCCCAUCCUCUGCUCUCCCGGGAGCAGGAGAACUGGCCCCGCCUGCCUGCUGUCUCCGUGGGGACUGGACACUACAGAGGAACUGGGACUGUCUGCUGAGAGCCUGGUGCCUCCUCCGGGGUCACGUAGAGCACCCUGAGCGCCUCCUAGUUCUGCUUGGGUCUUACCCGUGGGGUCCGCCACCAAAUGCCGGUGGGGCCGCAACUGGAUUGGCAUUUUUAACUUUUCACUGGGAUGAAACUUGUUCAUCAUUUUAAAUAAAGCAACUUGAUUUGGG